GUUGCAGUGCAAUUUAAAGCUCUUGAAGCACUGAUAGAGGCGGGCGCUGCUCGCUCACGUCUCUGUUGUUCCCAACUACUCAAAGAAUUAAGUAAUAUGAGUGCUAAUGAUUUGACAUAUGAUAAUCCAUUAGCAAGUAGCAUUAUUUGUGAUGAAUCCGAAUUAGUCAAAAACCUGCCACAGGAUUGUCAAGAAGAAUUUGGGGAACUCGAAUUAGUUAAUAUAGAAACAGGACGGCCAGAAUCGGAUUGGAAGAAACAAUUGUCUGAUCAUAAUAAAUUGGCGCGUAGUGCUAAAGAUGCCUUUGAGGAUUUUUCUAUCAAUGAAA